UUCUCCCCCCCAACCCCGCCCGGCCUGGCUACGCGCAUGGAAUUUGUGCGCCAAUGUAGGGCUGGCAGGAAACGCGGCUGUGUGAAAGAAACCCUUUUGGCUGCCCGGACGACCGCUUCGCGGCAGCCAGUCCUUUCCGCCCGAAUCAAUCCACAGUGUUCCCCCCCGUGUGUGCGUACGAGAGAGCGCUUUUCGGCGGUGGCAGCGGCUCGCUCUCGCGAGGUGAAGAGGCCGCCCCUUCGCUGGAGCCGAGCGUGGAUGAACUGCGGAGCGCUUCGCGGGGCCGGGCUCAGAGGGAGCAAGGAAUGCCGCCGCCUCCCCCCACGCCUUCCGCUUGCACCUCAGGCCCGGAGGUGGCUGCGUGAGGCAGGAGAAGGGGAAAGCGGGAAGAAGGAAGCACGGCCAGCCCAGCCCGAGUCAGCCCAGGGGCAGGAAGAAGGGAAGAGGAAGGCAACGCUGAGGAGCGCAGACGCCGCCGCGGGGAAGGGGAUUAGUGCCGCGGGAAGGCAGCUUGUGUUGAGGUCGCCUCUUGGGGCGACUGUUCUGCCAGCCUGUGGGUACAAGCCCCCCGCCCCGCCCCGCUUCUCUCUGCCCCCGAAAUGAAGAGGCGCGUCAUGUAGCAAUAAUCUGGUAGCUGACCUCCCUGUUCCUUCCUUCUCUCAUCUUUUCUGCCCGGGAGAGGGACACCAGCAGCAGGGGUCUUAUCUUCCCCGCCACCCCCAUUUUUUGUGUGAAAUUAUUUUUAUAUACGCGUGUAGUUGUCACCAGCAACCAUCACACACACACACCUCUCACGGCCGAAAAAGAAAAAAGCAAGGGCGACGAUGACUGAAGAAAGCUCAGACGUUCCCAAAGAGUUGCUAGAAAGUGUCAAGGAUGUGAUUGGGAGGAAGAUAAAAAUUUCAGUGAAAAAGAAAGUUAAGCUAGAAGUCAAGAGUGACAAAGUGGAUAACAAAAUAUUGGUGCUAACAUCAUGUCGGGCCUUCCUAUUAACUUCCCGUAUACCUACCAAGCUAGAACUAACAUUCAGCUACUUGGAAAUCCAAGGAAUCACCUGCAAUAAACCAGGCCAGCUGAUUGUAGAAACUGAAAAGUACAACAUUUCUAUGAAGUUGGUUUCAUCUGAAGAUGUGCAUGAAGUGCUGGCACACAUUGGAACAUGCCUUAGGAGGAUAUUUCCUGGUCUUUCUCCAGUGAGAAUAAUGAAAAAAGUCAUAAUGGAGCCCCCAGAAAGGCUGGCUAAUCUCCAGAAGCUGUGGGACAGCCAAACUGUGGCAGAGUUAGGACCAUGUGGAGGUUUUUCUCAAAUGUAUGCGUGUGUGUGUGACUGGCUUGGCUUUCCGUAUAGGGAAGAAGUUCAGUGGGAUGUUGAUACAAUUUAUUUGACUCAAGAUACCAGGGAACUGAAUUUGCAAGACUUUAGCCAUCUUGAUCACAGGGACUUAAUACCAAUAGUUGCUGCCCUGGAAUAUAAUCAGUGGUUUACAAAGCUUUCUUCCAAGGAUCUGAAGUUAUCCACUGAUGUUUGUGAGCAGAUCCUGAGAGUGGUGAGCAGAUCCAAUAGAUUGGAAGAGCUAGUACUGGAGAAUGCUGGUCUUAGAACAGAUUUUGCACAGAAACUGGCCAAUGCCCUAUCCCAUAACCCCAACUCAGGACUUCAUACAAUUAACCUUGCUAGCAACCCUCUGGAGGACAGAGGUGUGUCCUCACUAAGUAUUCAGUUUGCCAAACUACCAAAGGGGCUGACGCAAUUAAAUUUAUCUAAAACCUCAUUGUCACCUAAAGGGGUGAACAGCCUUUCCCAGUCACUGAGUGCCAACCAGCUUUUCGCUACCACACUCACCCACCUUGAUCUCUCAGGAAAUGUUCUUCGGGGUGACGAUCUUUCAAUCUUGUAUAGCUUUUUGGCCCAGCCGAAUGCUAUUGUCCAUCUGGAUUUAUCCAAUACGGAGUGUGCAUUAGAUAUGAUGUGUGGAGCUCUUCUUCAUGGCUGUCUUCAGCAUCUUGCCAUCCUAAACCUAUCCAGGACAGUUUUUUCUCAUAGGAAAGGGAAAGAAGUUCCUCCUUCUUUCAAACAGUUUUUCAGCAGUUCACUUGCUUUGAUGCAAGUCAACCUUUCAGGGACUAAACUCCCUCCCGAGCCUCUAAAAGCACUUUUAUUGGGCCUUGCUUGUAACCAACAUUUGAAAGAGGUGUUUCUAGAUCUGAGUAGCUGUGAGCUAAGAUCAGGAGGUGCACAGGUUUUAGAAGGAUGCAUAGCAGAAAUACACAACAUUGCCAGCCUUGAUAUUUCAGACAAUGGCCUAGAAUCUGACCUUUCAACCCUUAUAGUCUGGCUUAGUAAAAACCGAUCAAUAAGGCAUUUGGCAUUAGGCAAAAAUUUUAACAACAUGAAAUCCAAAAAUCUGAGUCCUGUACUUGAUAAUUUAGUACAAAUGAUUCAAGAUGAAGAUUCUCCCUUGCAGUCACUAUCUCUAGCAGAUUCCAAAUUGAAGACAGAGGUUACUAUCAUUAUUAAUGCCCUGGGCAGCAAUACAUCUCUCACAAAAGUUGAUAUUAGUGGAAAUGGCAUGGGAGACAUGGGAGCAAAGAUGCUAGCAAAGGCCCUUCAGAUAAACACCAAACUCAGAACUGUUAUAUGGGAUAAGAAUAAUAUCACUGCACAGGGCUUCCAGGAUAUAGCAGUUGCACUAGAAAAGAAUUAUACUCUAAGGUUCAUGCCUAUACCUGUGAAUGAUGCUUCUCAAGCACUUAAAACAAGCCCUGAGAAAACUGAAGAGGCACUCCAAAAGAUAGAGAACUAUUUGCUUCGCAAUCAUGAGACCCGAAAAUACCUACAGGAGCAAGCAUAUAGACUGCAGCAGGGCAUAGUUACUAGCACGACACAGCAGAUGAUUGAUAGAAUAUGUGUCAAAGUACAAGACCAUCUCAACUCAUUAAGGAACUGUGGCAUUGACACUAUACAAGAAGAUCUGAAAGCAGCAGAAAGAGUUAUGAAAGAUGCCAAGAACUCCAAAACAUUAUUACCAAAUCUGUAUCAUCUUGGUGGUGCUUCAUGGGCAGGAGCAAAUGGCUCCUUAUCCAGCCCAAUUCAAGAGACCUUGGAGUCCAUGGCUGGGGAGGUCACCAGAGUCAUUGAUGAUCAACUCAAGACAUUACUUGAAUCUAUGGUAGAUGCAGCUGAAAAUCUCUGUCCAAGUGCAAUGAAGAAAGAACAUAUACGACAAGACUUAAUUGAGGCAUGCACAGAAAAGAUUUCCAUUCCACGAACCUUUGUUAAAAAUGUUCUCUUGGAGCAGUCUGGCAUUGAUAUCCUCAAUAAAAUCAGUGAAGUGAAGCUGACAGUGGCCUCAUUCCUCUCAGACCGAAUAGUAGAUGAGAUUCUUGAUGCCUUGUCACAUUGCCAUCAUAAGCUGGCUGAUCAUUUGACCAGGCGAGGCAAACCCCUGGCCCACCAGGAAUCUUUAGAGAUUGAACUAGCAGAGGAGAAACCUGCUAAACGUUCCAUUAUCACAGUUGAGGAACUGACUGAAAUUGAACGUUUGGAAGAUCUAGACACGUGCAUGACUCUCUGCUGUACAAGUAUGACUCCUAAGUCUAAAAGGAAGAGUAUCCACAGUAGAAUGCUGAGGCCAGUAUCCAGAGCUUUUGAGAUGGAGUUUGACUUGGACAAAGCACUGGAAGAAGUUCCUAUCCACAUAGAAGAUCCCCCAUUCCCUUCUGGCAGGUUGGACAAACGGACAUCUGGGUUCAUUUCAGAGCUGCCUUCUGAGGAAGGGAAAAAACUUGAGCACUUUACAAAACUACGGCCUAAAAGGAAUAAAAAACAGCAGCCCACACAAGCCUCUGUGAGUACUGCAGUGCCUCAAGAUGGGGAACAGAAUGGUCUUAUGGGAAGAGUAGAUGAAGGUGUCGAUGAAUUUUUCACCAAAAAAGUGACAAGAAUGGAUUCAAAGAAGUCCUCAGCAAAAAGCUCAGACAUCAGUGACCCUGGUGAAGCAACUGAUGAAAAGAAAAAAAGAGAUUCUCGGAAAAGUGGCUUUCUCAAUUUAAUCAAAUCUAGAUCCAAAUCUGAACGUCCUCAGACUGUACUGGUGUCAGAGGAGCCCUCAUCACCUAAAGGUAUUGUCAAAGGCCCCACAGUGGACACUACAAAGAAGGAGACUAAGUCAGCUGAGCAUAAUGGCAGCGCUGAAAAAACAGAGGACUUAAAAACACCAGAGUCUCUAGAAGAGGCUCUAACAGAAGAUGCUGCAAAAACAGAGAAGAGUGAUAGCAAAGGCAGCCCUCAAGGGGGUCGUAGGUAUGGGGUGCAAGUGAUGGGCAGUGGACUUCUAGCGGAAAUGAAAGCCAAACAGGAACGGAGAGCUGCAUCUGCACAAAAGAAACUGGGAAAUGAUUCAAGAGACUCAACAGAUCUCUCAGUGAAUUUGGAACGAUUGGAUGGAGCUGGUACAGUAACUAAGCUUCAUCAUGCUUCUCCAGAGAACCGUUUUGCCUUGAGUAAAGGUGAUUCCAUCACAGCUCCAUCAGAAAAAGUUACAAAAACUGAACCAAAGACCGAAACUGGGGCAAGGACCCGAAGUUCUUCCAGCACACCUACGAGUCCAAAGCCUCUACUGCAGUCAGCAAAGCCCAGCCUAGCAGGACGGCCUACAGUUCCUCAGAAGCCACGAUCUGCCUCUCGGACUGAAGAUAUCCCUGAGUCUCCAUCUGGUCCAGGUUCCCCUAAAAUCGCUCUGCUUCCCCCUGUUUUGAAGAGAGUUCCUUCUGAUAAAGAAAAAGAUGGUCAAAGCAGCCCUCAACCCGCUGUCAGAUCUCUUGCACAUGAAGGUCCAAAGAGAAGCCCAGGACACCAGACUUACGAAUCCCAGGAGCAGAAACAGAGAUCUUUAAGUAAAGAUAGCCAGCAGGAAAGCAAGUCCAGUGAUUCUGGAGAAGAAGCAGAUAAAGAUUUUAUUUUUGUGUAGUUGUUUGGUCAUGUGCUUGGCAGUGCAAAGUCUUUUGUAGUAAUAAGGGUACAGCUAUCAAUUACCCUUCUUUUUAAUCAACUGUUUUUAUAGAAGUGCAUUUUAUGGUUGAAAAAAAUAAUUACCACCAGUGCAAUCAAAUUUCAUGAAUUUGGUUCUUUUCCCCGGCAACCCAUAUGUUUUGAGACAUUCCUUUUUCAUGCCUUUGCUAAAGCCAGCAAUUAUUCCAUGUCUUCUACUUGAAUUUCUCUAAAGCAGCUACAAAAACAAUGCCUUGCAAUAGGGCUUUUGGGGAGGGAAGAAGCUCUAAGCAAACUAACUGGACACUUUCUUACACUAACCCACACUGUACAGCAGGAGAGGUGUUGUACUGCUGAAUGUAAAUGUGUCAAACUUGCACGCAACUUACUUUAUAAAUAUAUCUUGCUGAAUGCAAUUGCACAUUGUAAUUAUAUCAACAGAGCACAUUAAUAAAAGAAUUUGUAUAAAUAAUAUAUAUUAGAUGCUUGGAUAUGGUUUUUACAUUCUCCUUUGGGAGACUUUUUUCCUGUUUGUUGUACUGUAUAUAUGAACAUCACCUCUUACAUUUUGUGUACUGUUCAGAAGCACAACAGAGAAAACAUCUGAAUUAUCUUCUUGCCAUGCAUCUACAUCAUAAGUAAAUGUAUGUUGUUGAUUGGAAUGAGGGCAAUGAAAGUUUUAUUAAUAUUGGUAUUUUCUAGAGGCCGCCUUAAGGUCUGUCUGCAUCCUCUCUAACUUUUAAUGUGCACUUCUAACAGAAAAGUAAUUUAUCAUCUGUAAAAGCAAUUCUAAUUCUUUUUCUUUGCAUAUUUCACAGGCAUUUACUUAUAGUACAGGCUGAAGGAAUUUUAUUCAUAAUGUAUAUUUGUACCAAUAAAUGAUUUUACAACUGGAACAGAAA